GUCAUCAAUUCAGUCUUACUUACCCUUCCUCAAUUCGGAUUUCGGGUAUUAAACCUUGGAACUGCCCACUUCGGACUGUUCCAUCUUACUACAUCCCCAAACUCAAACUCACGACUUUUUUUUGUUUCUUGUCGGUUUGGCAUCUUCUAAUCCGAAAUCUUUUGGUCUUCGCUUGACUCUGGUUUCCAAUUCACAAUCGACACUUCUUUGUUUCAUCUCGCCUACACCUACCUGCAUCCUUUCGUCAUACCAAGACAGCUUGGCCCACAAUGAGACCAGACUUCGCAGUCGUGCUAUUCACACUCAUCACAUCAACGGUCGCGUCGGCCGUCAAUGUACCCCGUCACAUAAAGCGCAUCGAGUCUCAACCCAGCGCUGAUGAGCACGAGCUUUACAAGCGUCGUGGCGGCGGUGGUGGCGGAGCACGCGGAGGUUCCAGCGGCGGAGGUUCAAGAGGAUCAUCUGGCAGUGGCAGCAGAGGUGGGAGCUCCCGUGGAAGCAGUGGAAGCGGCAGCAGUCGUGGAAGCAGCAGUAGCGGUAGUGGUUCAAGAGGCUCAUCAUAUCGUCCAGGUUCAUCAGGCGGCGGCGGCGGUUCUCGCGGUGUCGGUCCUCAGCCCAGCUUCGCAGGCGGUCGAUACUACCCCGGUGGUUCAUCACGACCUUACAAGUCCGGCGGCUCAAGUCCCGGAAGAAUUGCGCCUUACGCUCUAGGUGGUGCUGCUCUGGCAUUCUGGCCUGGCGUUUGGCUCUACGGUGCAUACAUGUAUCCUUACUCGCAUCCCUACCAUUAUCACAACGACACCAGCGAUGAGGACGAAGAGCGUGAUGUCCUCUGCGGAUGCUCGCGAUACGAGUACUGCGCAUGCGACGACAACAACAGCACCCAAUACUUCGACGAACUCAUCGGAAACGGAAGCUACGACGCGCUCAACAAGUCCAUCGUCAACGUCGCAGAGGUCAACGGCACAAUGACAAUCCUCAUCAACGGGACUCUGCCCAAUGACACAGCCCUCCCUGACGAGAAUGCAUCAGACAAUGGAGCACCACCAAGACGUGCUUUUGUUACCACAGAGCAUUUUGGCUGGGUAGUUAUACUCAGCAUCGUCAUGGGAAUAGUCGAGAUUGUCUAGUUGGCUUUCCUCCUUAUCCUUGUUCCUUUUUUCGUGAUAAAGUGUGUCAGGCGUCGCCGGGCACGCCGAGCAGUAGAAGCAGCCCCGGAAGCUGACCAGUCGCAAGCGCAAGUUUAAUGAGUUUAUGAUCACCGUGUAAUUGACGGCGUUAAUAUCCAACUGGGAGGAUUCUUGUGCUGUUAGAGGGUGGCAUUAUUGCUUUCAAAAUCCUUGUACUUAUUAUUGUUAUUGAAGCAUUCAGUAUUCGUCAUACACUACACGACGAACGGAACUUAGUAGAAAUACACUGUAUCCUUUUCUCUA